UUACACGGAAAGUUAGCGAGAACCAAGCAGAAGAAAUUUAUGUUGCUGCCAUUGAUCCUGGAGUUCGCACUUUUCUUACAUGGUAUUCUCCCACAAUUGGUCAUGGGAACAUUGGAGAUAAUGAUAUCAAUCAUAUUUUUCACUUAUACCUUGCUCUUAACGCCUUUAUCUCACAAACCACCAGAACAUUAGUAAAAAAGUAUAACUCGAUUAAGCGUGCUUAA